GGGGCCGGAGACAAAGCAGGAAGGGAGAAAAGAGGGAGAGAGGCGAGCCGGGGCGAGCCGGCAUCCCUGCCCCGGGGAGCGGGAUGCGGGAAGCUGGAAGGGAUGCAGAGGAGUGCGCGGCUCCGGUGGGGAGAGAUAAUUUAUGCACAACCUCAGCUUGGGGUUGCGGGCGGCCGUCCCCAGCCGGCGUGGGAGGGAGGGAGGCCUCUCCCCAUCGCCCCUUCACCCGCCUCCUCCCGCCCCGCAGCCACACACAGCCACACAAUCCCCUCACAAUUAGGAAGACACCUAUUCAGCACCGCUCUGGCAUCGCUGGGCUUUUGUUCCUUCUCUUCUCCGCUGGCAAAGCUCUCUCUCCCUUCCCUCCGCUCGGCUCUGAGCAGCGCCCGGCGGUUCCUUAAGUUGCUUUUUCAUAAUCUCCACCAAAGAAUCGCCGGAGUCCCGCGGUUGAGGCUGCAGGAGGAGAGAGAGGAGGAGGGGGAGGCCAAAAAAAAAAAAAAAAAAAGGAGGAAAAAAAGUGUCCCGGGGGUGCUCCUGAGCCUCUCCUGCUCCAGGUGAUGCCCCAGUUCACCUUCGCUUGCUUCUGCGGGCUCCACGGCUUCUGCAAGAUGAAGAGGAAGAAAGAAGAGUCCGGUGCACAGCAGGAGACAGCCGUGUGAGGAGCAGACAGACCCUGCCGAGCUGUGCCUCGGGACCCCGCCCGGCCCCUGGACGCCGGUUGUGGCCAGGGGAGAGCCAAGGCACGGGAAUGACCUUGCCGGGAGGCAGAAGCAGAGGCUGGGGGUGUCACCCAGGAGCUGCAGCAAUCCCAGCGGGUGCUGAGCCCCCAGCACCCCAGCACUCGGGGGCAGAGGGACCCUGCAUCCCAGGGGGAUAGAGAUUUCCCUUCUGGACGAGCCAACCUGCCCUUGCUCUGGCAAAUCUCACCAGACAGACCUGGAAAGGGUUUCAAAAGCCGGGGCCAGACCUUGGAGUCCCGGUCCUGGGCAGGGUUGGCCCCUGGCUGGUAAGUUGUCCUGCUGCUGCAGGGCUGGCUGAAGGCAGAAAAUGAGCCGUUUUGGGGCUUGUUUCUCCUUUUAAAGCCUCAAGCAAUUGUCUGUGAGUCCAGGAAGCCAUUCUCCGUGCCUCUGCCCUCCUGCUCCUGUGGCUGCAGCACCCUGGGGGGCUCUGGAGGCACCAGACACACGGACCCUGCUCGGACCAGUGCAGCCCAGGAGCUCCCACCCCACGGGCAGGGGGGACACCUCGGGGGGUGAGCCCACCCCCUGCACCCCUGGGCCAUGAGGCUCAGCAGGAGGUUGUUCUCUUUUGGUGAACAGGACCAAAUUCCUGAGCUUGGGGCACCUGAGAUCCAUUCCAGGGACAUGUUCUCCAGGGCAGAAAUCCUUAAAUUCUUCCGUACUGCGCUUCCCUCCUCCCUGUGGAGACCCUCUGAGCCUGGGGCCAAAAGCAGUGCCCAGGACUGCUGGGCAGGAGCUGCUCUUCCCCAGGGUUAGUCCUGCUCCUGCCACCACCUUUCCUGUGGUGGCUGUGCCCAGGGACCCCCUUUCCCCCCUACCCUGUCCCUCUGUCCUUCCCACCCUCUGCUAAAGCCAUACAGGAGCCCCCUGCAUGCUGUGCCUUCCCGAGGGCUCUCAGGCAGACAUUCCCACUGGGAUACCCUCCAAACAGCCCCAGGAUCUGCACAUGGGAAAGCUGGUGAGUGUUGGUGAGCCAGGGACUCCCAGGGUUUGGGUCUGGGUGACAGGUCCCCCAUCCCUGAACACACUCAGGGUUUGGGUCUCAGUGCCCAGUUCCCUGUCCCUGAACACACCCAGCAUUCCCAUCCAGGCACCAGCAGCUCCCAGUUGCUGGAGAGCAGCAGGGACAGCCCCUGGAAAGGGAAAAUGCUUGGGGGCAGCUGGUCAGCACAGGGGAGUGUUGACUUUUAGACCCCUGAGGAGACCCCACCAUGGGGGAUGAGCACACUUGGAGCACAAAUCCUCCUCUGUGAUUAAGAGGCUUGACCUUUCCAGGGUUUUCCCAGUGCUCCCAGACCCACACUCGGCCAACAGAGCUGUCUGUGCCACUGACAGCUCCCUUGGGAGCAGAUUUGUUGGCUCAGCCAACAUCCAGGACCAACACGGCUGUUAUUUUAUUUUCUUAUCCAAAGGAUUUAGCACGAAACCCUGAGCUUGGCCAGAAGCACCAAUAACAACCCAAGGUGCAGCUGAGGAGCUUUAAAUCCUCCCUGCUGGGUGCCUGUUUCCUGGGAAAGCAGCUGGCUGGGGUGGGAUGUGCUGGGAGGUGGGACACGAACAUGGUCUGUGUGUGUCACACCCAGGCUGGGGCAGCUCAGGACACUUUGCUCUUUCCCCUCUUUAAUCCCAAGCUCUGUGAGCUGUGGGAGCCAGGGCUGCAGCCCCCCAGCAGCGCUCCCAGGUGGGUAUUUCCCAGCUGGUUUUGGCACGGAAGAGGGCACACAGUGACACGUGAGGUGACAUGUGAGGGAGCAGCCAGUCCAGCUGCCCUGUCACUGGUCACCAGCAGGUCCCAGCCUGGUUAUUGCUGAUGCUCCCACGUUUUGGCUCGGUUGGGGGAUGCAGGGGAGGUCCCUGCUAAUGAUCUGAGCAGGCAUCACCCUGUGAGAGCAGCAGGGCAGGCUCCAGGGAGAGCACCCAGAGCAGAGGUUUGGAGGAAAAUCAUGGAAAAGCAUCCAUCUGUGCUCAGAUGGAACUAAAUCACUGCUGAGGGGUGAGGAAGAGUGGCCCAGUUCAUUUUUGGGCGAGCUGUGCUGCUGAACCUCUUGAAUCACAGAGCCAUGGGGGUGCUGAGGAUGUGCAGCUAUGGAGGUUCUGUGUCCCUGGAGCAGCACUGGGGAGGAGGCUGGAGCUGGGGAGGGGCUUCCAGUUCUCCCAGUUGCAGUGGGAGUCCCCCAGGCUGGGCUGGGAUGAGCUGUCCUGAAUAUUCCUGUCUCCAGAGAGGGGUUCCCAAGCCCGGGGUUUAAUGAACGUAGCACGUAAAACUGAGACAGGCAGACACUCGCCCACACCCAUUAUAUGUGCAUUCAAAAACACGAGGAAAAAUGACCCAGGAGCCGUGUGAACGUUAAAGCACUCGAGCUUCAGCAGUUAUUUUUGAAGAGAAUUUCCCACCUCCCUGGGUGGAUGCAGCUCUCUCAAAGCAACAAUAUGUUUUCCACCGUGCCUCCGAGCGAGAUGGUUUGCUCCUGGAUUGACCUCCAUUGUGUUCAUAAACGGCUCGUGGUGCUUUUCUGAUUCCUCCCCAUCAGAAUGAUUUGACCUCCAGAUUUACAGCUGAAGGUCUCGUCGUCCGCACGUUGUUUUCCCACCAGACUGCAGCCUGAUUUUUUUUUUUUUGCUUUUUCUGGAGCGAAUCUGCCAAGAGCUGAGCAUCCCCCACCCUGCCCCGAGCCCCUCGGAGCCCCCCCCCAUCCUCCCACUGACAAAUCUGCAGUGGGCAAAAGCAAAUGGGUUUUGUUUCUCUCUUUCCCGUGGCGGCGUUUUAAUAGGGCAGCGUCUGCUCGGAGCCUGCGAGGGCUGGGGCGUGACAGCUCCUGUCACAGAACACUCUCUCCCCGUCUCCUUCUCUCUUCCCCCACGUUUGCACAACCCCUGGCAUUUUUAUAAGCUCGGGGUUUGCUUAUUUUCCAGGAUUUCCUCUUGCUCUCCUGCCUCUGGCUCUUCCAACCCCACUUUUGCUUCUCCGCUCCAGAGUCCCCUGGAGCUGAGCGAUGCUGGAGUAGAUAAAUCUUACUGACUUACUAACUAUCAUCCAGUAGGUUCCAAGUGCUUUUCCAAGGUUUUUCCAUCCUCUGGAGGGAGGAAGGAAGGAGCAGUGAGCUCAGGCUCUCUGAGGCUGCACAACCCCUCAUGUCCUGGCUGUUCCUGAGCAUCCUUGGGGAGAGGGUGCAGCAAGGGGUGAGGUGUCCUCUCCAUCACGAAUCCAGCUCAGUGUACAGCUGGAAUGUCUGCAAAUCCCUGUUCCCUCACACCAUGGGUUCCCAGGGUCUCUGGAGAGAGCCUCCACCUCCACCCCUCCUCAGGGAAAGGAGAGCCCUGCUCCCGAAAGAUGCAUUUGUUCCCACCAGCAAUAAUCCUCCUUUAAUCCUAUUACACUGAGGAAGGCAUCCAACUUCCCUUGGAGCAGAUGAUGGGAUGCACAGAGGAGGGGGGCUCCUCUCUCCCUGUGGUGCCUGCCCUGGGUCCCCACUGGGGUUUGGGGGUGCCUGUCCCACAGCUCGUCCCCUUCCCGUGCACCCCAAGCUUUUCCUGCAGUGCCAAAGAGCUGGAGUGAAGCAACGACACCCCUGGGAUGGAGCAGAACAUCCCCUGGAAUGAGGAGCUGCCUGGAACGAGGGGUCAGGUGUGGAGCUGGUGCUGGAGUGUCGGGAAAAAAGAGUUUUAAUGACCCAAGUGAGCAGAGCAGGGCCUCAGGCUCGCUCCAAGACAGGCAGUGUGGCCCCCUGGAAAUAUUGGCUUCCUUGGGAGGGAAGGAAGGAGGGAAAGAGCAUCCAGGUGUUUAUUUGCUUGGAAAACAGCCAGGCUGGGGACCAAAACUUGGGGGUAGGGGGUGCAGAUCCCUUGGAAGAUGGGCUGGGGAUGGAGGGAUCCUGGUGACAGAUGGAUCCUGGUGUUGGAAUUGUCCCGGUAAGAAAGGGGCCCUGGUGAAUAAGGGGUCCUAGAGACAGAGGGAUCCUGGGUUUGGAGAGAUCCUGGUGCUGCAGGGUUCCUGGUGCUGAAGGAUUCCUGGUGUUGGAGGGGUCCUGGUGCUGGAGGGGUCCUGCCAGAGGAGUGUGCAGGAUCUGGUGUGAGCUGCAGGAAUGUUUGUGCACCGAGCUGGAAGGGCACAAGCACCAGCUGUGGGAGGCAAGCCAAGGAAAAACUGCAGCUUGAACUCUCCAUCUGGUAACACAUUCUUAAAGGGUUUGCUGGAGACGUGAAAAAGGAGCAGAAAAUAACCCUGGGGAGCCCGAGGCAGACGCUCCACAGCAGGACAGACUCCCACCCAGGCCACGACCUGGAGCUCUGGGCUCGCAACGAGCUGUGUUUGCUGCAGGCAGGGCAAUCUCUGCAUCCUGGGGGGCAGCCAAGAGAAACCCACUUUUUUCUUUUAUUAUUAUUAUUAUUAUUUUUUCCCCAGAAGUCACCUGGUCAAAGCCAUCCUUUUUGCCCUCCCACGGGCAGGAUUUUCUUCCAGCUCCUCCUGGGCAGUCAGAUGACACAGACUGGAUGCUCCCAGCCCGUUCCAGCUCACCCCUCCCCGAGCCUUCCUCCAGCUCAAAAUUAGCUGGGGCUGCCCCAAAACGCCACAUUUUCCACAAUGUUAUUCUGAGGACAAAGCACAGGCAGCUUUGGGCAGCUCCAGGUGGGCACAGGGAAGCCUGUGUUGUUUUGGGAGAAAAUGCUGACCGUGUUCUGUUCCUAUUUUUGCACAUCAGCAGAGCCUCCCGAGUUCAGGGUUUGCAGCCCUGGCGAGUCCUUGGUGAGGACCUUCAGAUUUAGCUUUGGGCCAAAAAAAAAAAACAAAACCAAAAAGAAACCAAACAAAAAAAAAACCCCAGGGAAGUUGGUGCAACCCAAAGUGUAUUUCUUGAAUGUAACUUUAUUUUUGCGCGAGGAUUCGUGGUGGUGACCACGUGAUGGACUUUAAUACUUGGGAUUAAUCACUGCUCUGCAGUUUAUUACAAGGUGUGGGUCGAGUUCGACCCUUGUUUUAUGCCAGUGUGAAACCAGAGAGACAAUCUGACACUGAGGUGUCUACAGAAAUACUAAUUAAACAGAAAUGAGCUUGGACUGGACCCCAACACUCAGAUUUCUCCUGUUUCUCCAGAUUUUUCCUAUGCAAAAACACCAACAACCAACCAGCACCAGCAGGCAAAGGCAGGCUCACAGCAGGGCCUGACUCAACAAAGCCCUGCCUAAAUCUAAGUGUUUGCUUUGGGAUUUUGCUCCAGCCAAUAAAUUUUCCUGAUUCCACCCGAAAUAAACCUGUAUCGAUCCCUGACAAAGAGGGAAAGGCACAGAACCAUCCUUGAAACAUCCCCCUAAUGCUGCCUAACAGGGAUCAGAGCAUUAAACCUCUUGGUAUUGUCCUUUUAUAUUUUUUAUCCCACUGCCUGGAUUUCAUCAGGAAGGGACCUGUUCCUCAGGAGUUUCCCGGCCCCAGGAGCCAUAGAAAAACAGUACUGUAUGUUUGGGAAAAUAAAUGUGGCAUUUGUAAAUAAACACACACCCGUCUCUACGCACAGAGCAGAGCACUUCCCCUGGGAAUUCCUAUGCUAGAGGAAUAUACGAGUUAAACAAAUAAAUAAAGAAUGUUUAUAAGGAUA